UCCUAACAAAUUCCCCAAAGGACUCGCGACAGCGCCCGACGCGUUCUGCUCAACCGUUUGCCUCCUUCCUGCUCGGCCACUGCCUACCGACGCUUAGCGUCCCUGCUGGUCAUGAGACGCUGUUCUGUCGCGGGCGUGCGCGUCGCUUCUCAUGUUUUAGGUGCAGUGCGAACGUAUUCGAUCACGCGAGUUUGCCGAAAAUAUAAUGGACACGCUCAACAAACGAGGUCCUUCCCUGCACAAGCCGCGGUUACACCACAGGCCGAACGCGAUUUCGCCGCUCCUCCGUCGCCUCUGUCUCCUACGGCACCCACACGCCCUGAUCCAUACACGUUGCUUGCGCCCCAACUCGCACAACUGCGAGAAACACUACUAAGUCUGCUCGGCUCUGCGCAUCCCGGCCUCAGCGAAAUUGCCAAGUACUACUUCCUGCAUCCCUCAAAACAGCUUCGGCCACUGCUGGUCCUCCUUUUUGCACAGGCUACCAAUGGAUUGGGGGGCGGCUGGUAUCUCAAGAAAUGGGCAGCAGAGUGCGAGGGUGCCGGUGGUCGGACAGAGGAGUUGGACAAGCCGUUAACGCGGGCAGACGUCUUGAACGACUGGAAUCCAAAUAUGCCAGACCACACUGCGUCAUUCGAGACGUCGUUUAGCCUCCGACCACCAAGACCUCCGCAUCAGCCACCCUUGCCACCACCCGUACCAUCGGCGAAUGAUGUCUCAACAUUGUCUUUCCCGCCAUCGUUACUGCCCACCCAGAUCCGGCUUGCACAAAUUGUGGAGAUGAUACAUGUGGCCUCGCUGCUGCACGACGAUGUCAUCGACUCUUCGCCUCUACGCCGAGGUGUUCCCUCAGCCCCCGCUGCGUUCGGGAACAAGCUCUCAAUUCUUGCCGGGGAUUUCUUGCUUGGACGCACAAGCGCUGCGCUAUCACGGCUAGGAGACAACGAGGUCGUCGAACUAAUAGCCAGUGUGAUCGCCAACCUCGUCGAAGGCGAGAUCCUGCAGCUGAAAUCCGUGCAUGCCGAGGAACUCGGGAUUGCAGGCGAGCCAACUGUGGGUAAAGAAAGCUUCAAUCUCUACCUACAGAAGACGUACUUGAAGACGGCCAGUUUAAUGGCAAAGGGAGCACGGGCAGCGGUAGUGCUCGGUGGAUGCAAAGAUGGCGAAAUCUGGAAAGAGAUUGCCUAUGCAUACGGCCGCAACCUCGGCAUUGCCUUCCAGCUUGUGGACGAUAUCUUGGACUAUGAAUCUGGGGAAGCCACAUUGGGCAAGCCAGGAGGAGCCGAUUUGCAAUUGGGGCUGGCCACAGGACCAGCCUUGUUUGCGUGGGAGGAGCACCCCGAAAUGGGACCCCUCAUCAAGCGCAAAUUCCAGCAAGAUGGCGACGUCGAGCUUGCAAGGGAUCUUGUGCGCCGAUCGUCCGGUGUCGAGCGCACGCGCGAUCUGGCGAGAACGCAUGCAGACAAGGCGCGAGAGGUGAUUGCGCUGUUACCAGACAGCGAGGCAAAGGGCGCGCUUGAGGUGUUGACAGAGCGGGUGGUCAAACGGACGUGGUGAUGAGACACUCCUGACGGUAUCUUGCACGGUGAUAAUGCACCGACGAUGUACUGCUUGCCGGUGUGAAUUCCAUGGUCCCGGGCGUGUUUGCCUGCCUCUCC